UCGCUCUCGGUCUCGCUUCCACGCUGAAGAAGACGACCAGGUUCGAUCUCCUCCCUCCUCCUACGGCCAGCAAACAGAAGGGGUAGAGAAAUGGCAAGAGGAGCCGCGAGAACUCCCUCCUUCGUCUUCCUCUCUUUUGUGCUGCUCCUGAUCUGCUUCGCCACAGGGGGAAUGCAGUCGGUGCAGGGGCAGAAAACUUGGUGCGUAGCGAAACCUUCGUCGGACGAAGCAACUCUUCUGGGAAACAUCAACUACGCCUGCUCUCAGGUGGACUGUAGCGUGCUGCAGAGGGGCCGCACGUGCUUCUACCCGGACAACCUCAUGUCCCACGCUUCCAUCGCCAUGAACCUCUACUACCAGUCCAGAGGAAGGAACCCGUGGAACUGCUUCUUCAAGAACUCCGGCCUCGUGGUCGCCACCGACCCAAGUUAUGGGAGCUGCGGUUAUGCCUGAACCCCAACCAAGAAGACAACACCGAAGAGUGGCUUUCUGCAUUGUUAUGAUGGAUCUGAUUCUGGUUGGUUGUAGUGAGAAUUUGUUGUUGUCUUGCUAUUAGAGAAACCUUUAAUUGAUUCCAGGAUAAAUGUAGCACAUCUUGCAGCAUUUCUUCCACAAUCGAACUCUGCAUGCAUUUAGAAGUUUUC